AUGGGGCAGUGUGGUCUGGUGACUCAAGGGCUGGCCUCGGAUCUGGCAUUACCCCGGGUCGCACCCCAACUUGGGGCUGGUUCCAGGCGAGCCGUUGCCUCGGUUUCCUCGUCUAACUUCCUAAGGGGGGAAACUCCUUGGCUGGAAGGGGUGAGGGAUGAGAGCCCACCUGCUGGAAGUCCCCUCUCAGUGGCAGGUGGAGGCAGUACCUACUCUCCGAAGCUCCGUGGGGCACUCCCCCUGUCUCCCUGUGAGGCCAGAGAAUGUGUGAACUGUGGAGCAACUGCUACCCCGCUGUGGCGUCGAGAUGGCACUGGGCACUACCUAUGCAAUGCUUGUGGCCUUUACCACAAGAUGAAUGGGCAGAAUCGGCCCCUCAUCAGACCCAAGAAGCGCUUGAUUGUCAGUAAGCGGGCAGGUAGGGCAUAGGAGCCUCCCUUUCCU